GAGUUCAGUUAUCUUUCCAUUGCCUCGAUUCGACUUCCAUCCGUCAACAUGAGAGAAAUUCUACACGUCCAAGCAGGCCAGUGCGGGAACCAAAUUGGUACUAAAUUUUGGGAAGUGAUCUCUAUUGAGCAUGGAAUUGAUCCAACGGGUCAGUACACUGGCGAAGAUGACCAACAGCUGGAGAGAAUUGAUGUCUACUACAAAGAAGGGCAAGGAGGCAAAUACGUUCCAAGGGCCAUUCUGGUGGAUCUUGAACCAGGAACCAUGGAUUCUAUCCGAUCCGGUCCAUACGGUAUGCUCUUCCGUCCAGAUAAUUUCAUCUUUGGACAGAGUGGUGCUGGUAACAACUGGGCUAAGGGUCAUUAUACAGAAGGCGCAGAAUUGGUAGACCAGGUAAUGGAAAAUGUGAGGAAAGAAGCAGAAAGCUGUGACUGCAUCCAGGGAUUCCAGUUGUCCCAUUCUCUCGGUGGUGGCACCGGAUCGGGAAUGGGCACUCUCAUCUGUAGUAAAAUCCGAGAGGAAUAUCCGGAUCGAAUCAUGAACACGUUUUCUGUUGUUCCAUCACCAAAGGUAUCUGAUACAGUUGUAGAACCUUAUAAUUCAACGCUAUCAGUUCAUCAACUGGUAGAGAAUACAGAUGAAACCUUCUGUAUUGAUAAUGAAGCCUUAUAUGACAUCUGUUUUAAGACUCUAAAGUUAACCACUCCUACAUACGGGGACUUGAACCAUUUGGUUUCCAUGACAAUGUCAGGUAUAACAACCUGUCUGCGAUUCCCGGGUCAGCUUAACGCAGAUCUGAGAAAGCUCGCUGUAAAUAUGGUGCCUUUCCCACGUCUUCAUUUCUUCAUGCCUGGAUUCGCUCCCCUUACUUCCAGAAACAGUCAAUCAUACCGUGCCCUUACGGUACCGGAACUGACAACACAGAUGUUUGAUGCUAGAAAUAUGAUGGCUGCCUGUGAUCCCCGUCAUGGUCGUUAUCUAACGGUUGCGGCUAUAUUCAGAGGCCGUAUGUCUAUGAAGGAAGUUGAUGAACAGAUGUUGAACGUCCAGAAUAAGAACAGCACCUACUUUGUCGAAUGGAUUCCGAAUAAUGUGAAAACAGCUGUCUGUGACAUUCCUCCACGCGGAUUAAAGAUGGCUUCCACAUUCAUAGGCAACAGCACAGCCAUCCAGACACUCUUCAAACGAAUUUCGGAACAGUUUACUGCUAUGUUUAGACGAAAGGCUUUCCUCCAUUGGUAUACUGGAGAAGGUAUGGAUGAGAUGGAAUUUACUGAGGCUGAAUCUAAUAUGAAUGAUCUGGUAUCUGAAUACCAACAGUAUCAAGAUGCUGUUGUGGAUGAUGAUCAAGAUUUUGAUGACGAAGGUGAAGGUGAAUCUAUGCUGGAAUAAACGAUCAAUCUGGAAUGCAAACAAACCUAUACUAGAAUCUAAUGUAAUGGUAUACACUUUGAAUUCUAAUAUUGCUUUAUGUUGCCAACAUGAACUGUUAUUGCGACUAUUUCUUCAGAAAUCCUUGAAUGGCAUGUUGCCGUAUUGUCUUGGUUGUGUUUAUAUUCCAAUUUCUGUAAAUAUAAAAUUAUAAGCAAAACCGUAGCGCUAUCCAAGGCUUUGGUGGUCGUUUCAAAAUGGAGGCAUUAGUCUAAUGUUGGUACGAUCAUAAUUUAAAUUCGAUUUAGAUAUUUAAUCAACAAUAUGUAUAAAACCUACUGCCCUGCAUUACCAUGCUUCUCUCAAUUUCAGACCCGUCUUCAUUAGCCCACAUGGUGCAGAAAAGUAGGACGUAAAACUCCAUUCAUUUCAUUUUCAUUUUCGCAAUUUCAGAGUCGAAACAAAUUGACAAAACACAAAGCUAUAUAUAAAGUUGUACUUGCAAUUACUGACGAUAUUAGAUUUGUGACAUCACUACUUCCUUAACUACCUAAAUUGUAUAGAUGUGAUUUCACCACAUUUAUGAUUGCCUAAGUAUAUUUCAUGACUUUUGAAUAGCCGGGAAAAGAUGCGAGAUCAUAGAAAAAGUUUGAACAGAUCUUUAUCUACAUGUAUAUAUAAACCUACCAUUAAUACUAAGCCGUAAUGAAAGAAACCCUUAUUAUUGUUACAUUUCGUCAUGCUUAAGCUUUAUUGAUCGGCUUAGUUUACAUUUAUUAUCUUUGUUCAUUAAUGCUAACUUUUGAUAAGGUUUCUGAUAUCAUUUUCUGAAAGGUUGCAAUGUUCAGUACAGAGGUCUAAUAAAAAAGAAAGAUAUGCAAAAGAAGGAGUUACGGGUGAAAUGAUUUCCUGAUGAAAACCCAAAACUAAUACUUCAUAUUCACUUUGUCAAGUUAUUACGAUCUGUUUGUACACCAGCGAAUACAGCCAAUCAGGGUCCUUGACACAAAGACUGUAAACACUAUGUCUAGAGAUCACGAUUAGUUGUACCGGGUAGUGUACAAUGCAAACAAAUCGCGUCAUUUACAAACUUCAGUGAUACAAAAAAUAUUGCAGUCAAGGUAUUAGACACAUUGUAAAGAUGAUCUUACUACGAAUUGAAAGAGAUACAUUUGUUCAACAGUUGUUAGACCUCAAUUAAUUUUUUUUAAAGCAAUGCUGUCAGCGAAUAGAAAUUAGCUUGUUACUAUUUUUACAUCUACUUAUUUAUUUAUUUAUUUUAUAUUAUGUUACAAUAUGUUAUAAUAUUUUUUAAUUUUAUCUUAUAAUCAAGUAUAUUAUAAGCCAUUUUUUUUUUAUCCAAAAAAAACUAUACGAAAAAACCUAAAA